AUGACAAUAGAUCAAGAAUUCAUUGGAUCAUUGCCAAGAUUACCUAAGCUAAUCGUUUUCGAUCUUGAUUAUACAAUCUGGCCUCAAUGGAUUGACUAUACUUAUGGUCCUCCGUAUACCUAUAUUGAAUCAAAGAACGCUCUUAUAAACAGUUAUAAGGAGCGACUUGAGCUAUACCCGGAUUUCACCGCCAUUGUUGCUCUUAUUCACUCUUUUCCUGAUACUAAAAUGGCGGUUGCCUCCCGUACAUCUACACCAGACUGGGCAAAGCUAGCACUUGAGACAUUUGUUAUCCCUGAAAUGGAUAAUAUGCCAUUAUACGAUGCAUUUUCUUAUCUCGAGAUUUUUCCAGCCAGAAAACUCGAGCAUUUUGCUGCAAUAAGUGAAGCUUCUGGGAUUGACUGUAAAGACAUGUUAUUCUUUGAUGACGAGUCGCGUAACAGAGAAGUUUACAUAAGCCAUUUGAAUACAAAGCUUGAUCUGGAAAAAGAAAAGGCAGUGCAGAACGAAAGAGAAAGCAAAAUUGUUAAAGAACGACUUGAUGAGGAAAAAUCAAAAUAUUUGCGUAUUUUGGACAGGUUUAAGCUUUAUAAAGGACUGGAGAGUCAGAAUCUUGUGGAUAAUUUUACUGAAAAAGAUAAACUGGAUAGACUGAAUAAUAUACGAUCACUGGAAGCUGAAUUACUCUUAGUUCAUGGGAUAGAGGACGCAUCUAUGAAUCUUGCUGAAGAGUAUAUACACAGAAUGAAUGUCCUUAAAGAUCGUUUGAAUUCCCUGAAAUCUCAAAACGAAAAACUCAGGUGUGAGCUUAACGAUUCCAAGCGACAACUAAAUAACCACAUCCGGUUUAAAACCUUUCAAAAUCAGCCUGGCAAUAUUACGAGGUGUAGUUCAGAAUCCGGUAUUGUAUUCAAUCAAGAAAGCGAGAAAGAUCCAGGGUCCUUAUCUUUGGUGGAUACGAGCAAAUCAGAUAGUAAUGCGGACAGCAACGCCACUGCAAGUCGUCAGCAUAGAUGCAAGAAUAAAAGCAAAAACAUAAACGAAUCCAUAAAUGGGAUCCUUUCAAGUCAACUCCUUGUCCUGUCCAAGAAAAUUGGCAAACUUGUUGACCGGCAACCUAAAUUUGUGCCUGAAAUGAAACCAUUGAUAAAUUAUCAAGAUGAUCUUGGCGAUCUUGGUGACCUUGGUAUGAUUAUUGAUACAUUUUAUACUAUGUUUUCCCCUGGAUAA